AUGAAAUUUCUUAAAUUUAUUAAAAAGAAGAAUUUAUUAAUUCUUGUAACGAUUGUAAUAUUUUAUAUCAUUUAUACCAUAAGCAUUCGUUUAUCCUUUGAAAGUAAUGGAAUCGAAAUUCAAAGGGAUUUCCAAUCGAAUAAUAAUGGUGAUCCCGAUGAGAAAUUCAUUACGUACCUACCACAUAGCGGAUUUAAUAAUCAAAGAAUUUCUAUGGAGAAUGCAUUAUUCAUGGCAUACUUUUUAAAUAGAAGCUUAAUAUUACCUCCAAUCGUAUUCCUUGACGGUCUAAAUCACCUCUAUUCCGAGAAAACCGAUAAACUUUACUCAAAAUUGAUUCAAUUGAAUCAUGAUUCCAACAAUUUUACGAGUUGCAAGGAUAAACGAUGCAAACAAGUUAAAUUUACCUUAUAUCCUUGGGAUGAAUUAAUUGACAUGAGUUGGAUACGAGAACGUAUUAAAAUAACCUACAGAAGUGAUUUUAAUUUAACCUCCCUUUUAACUUCCUUGAAUAUUACCAAUGAACAGGAAUUCUUAUUCUUGAAAGAUGAAUUUAGUUAUCAUUAUAAAUUUUAUGAUGAUUCGAAUUCAACUACUUCAUUAGAUAAAUUUCAUGUGAGAAUCAACCUUUCGGAUUUAAAAAAAGAUCAUCAUAAUAAAAGAUUAAUUCACUUUGGUAGUUUGUUCUCUUCAAGUAGAAUUGUUAAGGAAUUACCGGAGAGCAGAAUAUUUUGGAAGAAUUUAACACGAGAACUCGUUCCAAAUAAUCAAAUCUUGGUUGAAAUCACUCGGGAUAUUAUAAAUGAGUUGGGAGGUCAAGGAAAUUUUAUUGGUUCUCACAUUAGAUUGGGUGAUUCAUUCUUUCAAGUUAACGGAAACAAAACCUUGGAUAAGAUAACGCAAAGGAUUAUAAACGAUUACAUCAAAAAUUCCGUACCAAAUCAUCCAAAUGAUAAAUUAUUUACUUUAUGUAAAGAUGAUUUGUCCAAACCAAACACGGUACCUUUAGUAAUAUUCUUGGCAACCGAUAAAGACCGAUCAGAUCCUAGAAUACGAUCAUUUCUCGAAAUAUUUCCUUGCACGUUUACGCAAUCUGAUUUUAUCUAUUCACUUGAACCCUUGAAAAGGGUAAUCAAUCCAUUAGGUAAUAUGAAUAUGCAAAAAUUUUUCGCGCCAUUUGUGGAUUUAUUGGUUGUCUCGCAUGGAGUUAAAUUUUAUGGGACCGAAAAAAGUACUUUUUCAUCAUACGCUCAAAGAUUACACGAUAUACAUCAAGAGGAUAACUUUGUAGAUUUUAUUUCCUAA